AUGGCAGGACCUGGUAGGGAUCAGAACCAUGAUGUCCUAGACUGCAUCACAACUGUGCUGGAAACUCUAGUGCAGGAACGUGAUGCGGAGCCGGCAGAGUAUCGGGGACUCAUGGCUUUCCGUACGAACCACCCGCCGAAGUUCAGUGGGGACUAUGAUCCAGAAGGUGCUAAGUUAUGGUUAGCUGAGACUGAGAAGAUUUUUGAGGCGAUGGGUUGCCUCGAGGAGCAUAAGGUCCCUUAUGCGACGUUUAUGCUCCAAGGAGAAGCUGAGAACUGGUGGAAGUUCGUGAAACCUACAUUAGCAGCACCUGGAGGUGUGAUUCCUUGGAAUGCCUUCAAGGACAAAUUCCUAGACAACUAUUUUCCACGAGAUCUCAGAAAGCGAAAGGCGAUGGAAUUUCUAGAUUUGAAGCAGGGAAACAUGUUCGUUGGAGAAUACACGGCCAAAUUUAAUGAACUUCUACAGUACUGGCCUUAA